CAGCCAGCGAAAUUUGGUGGCGACCAAGAUGGCGAUCUGAACGAAUGUGGUUUUGCGGAGAUUUCGGCAGAAGUUUUAAGUAUAAGAGUUGUAUCGAUUCACGGCAAAUAUAGCAAUGGGCACAUCAAAGAUUGGUACAAGUUGAGUUUGCAGUGCUAUCUAAAGUUAAGGUUGAAGACGUGAUAGAAGAUGGACCACUGCUAUGCUAAGAUGGCGACGUCCAGUCAAAGAGAAGGCGGAAGAGAAUCAACGCCAUCAACGGAGAAACAGCCCACAGGUGAUAACCGUGAGCGGGUUGAAGUUUCCAACAACAUAUUUUUGGAGGCUAUCUUAAGCCCUGAAAAGAGAGUAAAUGAGAAAUCAGCCGACCUUGCAGAGCAAGUUAAACAAAGACCCGCCAUGAUUGUUAGCUUACCGAAGGCAGCGGAGUUUAAGUCAGAAGACAUAGAACGUGAAAGACAAAGGAAGAAACCGGAAGAGCUAAAAAAGGGCACGUGCAAAGAGAAUAAUGAUUUGAAAGAAGAGAUCUGGAGGAAGAGUAGCACAUCUGCAGUGCUUGUUGCGAUGUUUCCACAAGACGAGAGGAAUAGACUGUUGCUGAUAAUUGACCAAGCAAGAAAGGCUGGGAAACUUCCUUACAUCAACGUGCAGAGGACUGGAGACGUCCAGCAGCUGAUUGGUCAUCAAGAAGGAUGUCCCCCUCAACCACAGGGGACGCACUUCACUUCGAAGCAGGAGGAGCCACAGUCCUCCGACAUUAAAGAGGAAGAGGAGGAGCUAUGGAUCACUCAGGAUGGAGAGUGUCUUUUAGGACCAAAGGAGUUGCCACUGACUGGUGUCUCUGUGAAGACUGAAGACCAUGAAGACAAACCACCUGAGUCCUCACAGCUUCAUCACAGUCCAAGUGAGGAGAACAGAAGGGCAGAGCCUCCAAGCAGCAGCUCACCACAACACAUGACAACAGAAGCUGAUGGAGACCACUGUGGAGGAUCACAAGCAGACAACCUCUUAGCUCCACUAUCAGAUAGUGAUGACACAACGUCACACUCUCCUGAGGAUGAAGACAUGGACGACACCCAAGAACCUUUGAGCUGCGAUGCGGACUGGGAAGGUGAAAUGAGGACUCACACUGACAAACGUUCUAAAUGCUCUAAAAAGAAGACGCUACCUGUUACCUGCUCAGUUUGUGCUAAAAGCUUUUCUAGGAAGUAUAAAUUAACACAACACAUGCGGAUACACACAGGAGAAAAACCUUUUAGUUGCUCAGUGUGCGGUAAAAGAUUCAUUCGCAAUGCAGCUAUGGUGUCCCACAUGAGAAGGCACACUGGAGAAAAACCCUUUAGUUGUUCAGUUUGUAGUGAAAGCUUUUCUCACAGAAACAGUUUGACUUAUCACAUGCUGAAACACACAGGAGAAAAACCGUUUGCUUGUUCUGUUUGUGGUCAACGAUUCUCUCAAAGGAGCGGUCUGGUAUUACACAUGAGAAUACACACAGGAGAGAAACCGUUUGCUUGCUCAGUUUGUGGUCAAAGAUUCUCCCGGAAUACAACUAUGGUGGUACAUAUGAAAACGCACACAGGAGAAAAACCUUUUAGUUGCUCAGUUUGUGGUCGCAGAUUUUGUUUAAAUUCAGCUCUGGUAUCACACAUGAGAAUACACACAGGAGAACGCCAUGUCAGUUGUUCCAUUUGUGGUCAAAGAUUCUCUCGAAAGUCAAAUAUGGUAGCGCACUUGAGAACACACACGGGAGAAAAACCUUUUAGCUGCUCAGUUUGUGGUAAAAGUUACUCACAUAAGAUCAGUUUGACCAUACACAUGCGGACACACAACAGCGAAUAAAGGAUUUCUGGUUCAGGUGGUUCUAAAAGAUUGUCAGAUCAUUAAGUGUUAUGUUACUCAUAAGAAGUCCCCUCCAAAGUGCUGAGCUGAUGUGUAUGAUACCACUUUCCUCAUAAGCUAGUAUGCUGCCAAUAACAAAAGCUACACAACUUUGAUUGGUUGAGAACAACAUGGAUUUUGCUCUCAUCUUCCUUUUCUUGGACAACACAAGUGCCCAUCAAUGAUCAUGAAAUUGUGUUUGUGUUGUGACAAUGUGCUUAUAAUAGUGUUGUACAUGCACACUGCGUGCAAGUUACAAAGUCUCCUCCAACUUUGCAACGCUUCCAUCUGCUUUAAUACCGAGAUAGGAACUGCACUGUGAAGCAAACAUCAGAUUAUGGAUGACAUUGACUAUGUUGUGUCCUUUUUUGGGACAAAGAGUAUUUUUAUUGUAUUUCUUUGUAAAUAUUUGUACUGUUAACUUCUGCUUUGUACUUCUUAAAAUAUACUUUUAAAAAUAUCUAAGUCCAGUUGAAUAAUCAUUUGAAUUAUCUGGGCAAUCAACCUGGACUGGUCGCCAGCCAAUGGCAGGGCACAUAUAGACAAACAACCAUUCACACUCACAUUCAUACAGAUGGACAAUUUAGAGUCUCCGAUUAAUCUAACGUGCAUAUUUUUGGAAUGUGGGAGGAAGCUGGAGUACCUGGGGAAAAAAAAAACACUUGCACGGGGAGAACAUGCAAACUCCACACAAAUGUUUCAAUGGAGAUACAAACCCAGAUCUCCUGGCUGUGCGGCCAACAUGCUAAUUGCUAGGCAACCAUCAGUCUAAUUAGACCAACCAGAAUAAAAGGUCACACCCUAAUAAGAGUGGCUCCAUGCUCACUUCAAAUGGUACAAAAAGUGAUAAGUGAAUAACAUUUUUUCUAUCCUUUUGUCUGGGGAAAAAAAAAUAUUGGAUUCUGCCAGACCUGCCGACAGCGCCUUCUUGGACUUAGAUUUAUAACUUCCGCCACGUGUUAGUUGAGUUUGUAUCCUGUUUGUGGGCUCUGAGUGUUAACAUUUCUAUACAUUUCUUUUUUUUCCCCGGGAUAAAAACAUAUGUAAUAGACCUAUGUCCUGAUGAAAUUUAAAAAUAUAAAUUCUAUAGUAUAUAAUAUACUAUAGGUAUAUAUGCUUUGUAUAAAUAGUCAACAAAAAUAUGAAGUCAGCAGGUUUGUUUUGCUCCCAUUUUACAUGAGCUGAACUCAAAGUUCUUAAACUCUUUUUGUACACAAAAGGCCUCUCAAGUAUUCACAAAUCUGUCUAAAUAUGUGCAUUGGUGUGGCAAAUCAAGAUGCUAAUAAGACAGCAAGUGAGGAAUACAUUGGCCACAGUAAAAGGCCACUCCAAAACGGGGUCCAAAAUCCAGCUGGUAUCCGGUGUGAUCACCUUUUGCCUCAAAUGCCGUACACCGUGUCUUGUGAGGGGCAAUAGAGGAUCUUUAUUUUCCUAUCAUUUGAAGCAUGUGAGUCCAAAGUGUGGCCUGCAGCACAUUCUGAAUGAAUAAUUUAAUGAGCAACUAAUUUAACAACUAAGAAAAACAGCAAAAAUGUACAAAAAUCAGCAUCAUUUUACAAGAAUAAAGUCAAAAUGUUAAGAGAUGAAAGUUGUAGUCUAACGAGGAAAAGUCUUACAAGAAAUUACGAGAAUAACGAGAAAAUAGAACGUCAUUUUGGCGUCAGUUGAAAUAUUAAAGAAAAGAUGUGUAUAUAUAUAUAUACAUCUAUAUAUAUGUAUACAUAUAUAUGUGUAUAUGUAUAUAUAUAUAGAUGUUUUUUGGUUGUUUUUUUUUUUUAAUCAUGAGAAAGUUGUAAUUUCUGGAAAAUUAGGUUGUGGAAAAGUUGUAAUGUUAUGGGAAUAACAUCAAAUUAGGAAUAAAGCCAUAAUUAUGACAAGAAAUGUACAAGUAUAGAGUUGAAAUUGUUGGAAAUGGAAAAAAAUAGGUGUAAUUUGAUCAAAAUUAAGUCAAUAGUCUUGGAUAAACUCUAAAGUACGCAAGCAUUCGAACAUUUCUUUGAGUAGGGGACACUUGCAUUAGUUAAUGAUCGGGAUGUGGCUAACUUGACCUACUAAUGUUAGCUAUCGUUGAAUGAAUUCCAUAACCACACAAUGACUGCAAAUUGUCAGUCGCUUUUUAUGCGAUUGGUUUGGUUUGGUUUAGUUGAUUUCAACAUGCAUGAAGGUUACAAUGGAAUACAUCUCAUGAAUCAACACUUCACAGUUCCACAUGUCCAAGAGGAGUAGGAGGAAGCAAAGCUUAUUUAAUACGUACAGUACAUAUUAUUCACUUCCUGCAUUCCAUGCAAUAUUUAUGAUAUAAUCAGUGUAAUAAUAAAGAAUAAAAAACAAGCAUGAGAGAACAAUUAUGUCAUUCACUGAUGUCACUGAUUUACAGGCCACUGGUUAUGUUAUUAUCAAAGUCAUUGGUGAAUAUAUUAAUAAUAAUAAUAUAUUAUCGAUAAGGGCGGUCUGUUAUUCUGCCUGAUCUAAUCAUUUUAGAAUAUAGACUCAAACUGUACAUUGUGUCUGUGAAAUCUCCUUUUUCCUUGUACUUGUGUGGAUUCAGAAUAUUUUUUUAAUUCGUAAUUGUGUAAAAAUAGACAUUUGUAGUAGAAGCUGUUCUAUCAAAUCACUAUUGGUAACAUAUGUGCUAGCCAGUGGUGGUGUGUUUAUAUUUUUUGGUUUCCAAAAAUGAGUUUAUUUAUUUUUAUUUUUAUUUAUUUCCCUUAUGUCCAC